UAUAUAAUUUUGUUUGUUUUGGUAGCCAACGUCAAAUUUUUUUACAUUUCUACUUUUUUCACGGUAAAUUCUAUUGAAAAAAACUUUUAUCUAAGUGCAAGUGAAAAAACUCGUGUAAUAAAGUCAUAAAAUUGCAAUUACAAUUGGUAACAUCAGAUAUCAUUUACGUAAAUUAAGUAGAUUUUGGCAAAAUAUGGAAAAAAUUUCAAAAAUCUGGAUUGGUCCUCUGCCACAGGACUCUCCAUAUGUUAAACCAUUCCGUUUCUACUAUGUGCAAAAUGGUCAGGAAAAGAACUGGGAUCUAAUGAAAGUACACGAUAGUGUAUCCAUUGUUAUUUUCAACACCUCGCGACAAAAGUUAAUUUUUGUUAAACAAUUUCGUCCAGCUGUAUUUCAUGGCAUUGUUACUACGGAUGGUGGCGACAUUAGUAAUGUUGACUUGAACAAAUAUCCCCCAUCAUUGGGUGUCACUAUGGAACUCUGUGCUGGUAUAGUCGACAAAAAUAAAAGUUGGCAGGAAAUUGCUCGUGAGGAAAUUCUAGAGGAGUGUGGUUAUGAUGUGCCUGUCGAGCGGGUACAAGAAGUUAUGACCUACAGAUCUGGUGUGGGUUCUCAAGGUUCUAAGCAAAAAAUGUAUUAUUGUGAAGUCACUGAUGCCGAUAAGUGUUCUAGUGGUGGUGGUGUCGACGACGAACUUAUCGAUGUUGUCGAAUGUUCCAUAGAAGAGGCUCGCAAAAUGGUACAACAGGGUUCGGAAAAUAAUAGUCCCCCAAGCUGUUUAUUGGGUGUAAUGUGGUUUUUAACGAAUAAAGCUCCUAAAAAUUAAAAAUUAUUUUAUAAUGAGAGCUCUUGUACCAAAGUUGUUUGAAAAACUCCAAACAUUUUAAUUUGCUAACAACAACAAAUGAGGCAAGCAUUAUUGAUUUUUUUAUAUAUUCGGUUUGAGUAUUGAUCACAGCCUUUUUCUAUUCACUUCCAAUAAGAAAAAUAUCUUUAUAAUACUAAAAGCUUUGAAUUUACGUACAUAUUAUAUAUUCCAGUUUAUUGUGAUUUCAAAUAAAAUUUCAACAAAAAUUUUAAUUUAA